UGCAAAGCCAAGCGGAAAGGUUGUUUUAAAGAGCUUUGAAUGAUAAAUAUCAUACAGUGAAAAUUUAAAAAAUCGGCCAAUUAGUCUGAAAACUGAAUGGAGCUGUGAGCCGGGAUUAGUUUGCUUUCAAACGCCGUGCGUGGAGCAAUUAAAUUUUUGACUACGGAUACGGUUUAACGACAUGCUGGCCUGCAUCAUUUUAAUCGGCUGGCUGCUGCUGGCUUGGAUAUACUUCCUGUGGAGCCGGCGAAGGUAUUACAAAGCCGCCUGGCAGUUACGUGGACCCAUUGGCUGGCCCUUGAUAGGCAUGGGCUUGCAGAUGAUGAAUCCGGAGACCUUUUUGCAGUACAUGGACGGCCUGUCGCGACAGUUCAAGGCCCCUUUUAUUUCCUGGAUGGGCACCAAUUGCUUCCUCUAUAUCAACGAUCCCAAUAGUGUGGAACAGAUAUUCAACUCGACGCACUGCACCAAUAAGGGCGAUUUCUACCGAUUCGUUAGUUCGGCCAUAGGUGACGGACUUUUUACAUCGAGCUCACCUCGUUGGCACAAACAUCGCCGCCUUAUUAAUCCCGCCUUUGGUCGCCAGAUUCUCAGCAACUUCCUGCCCAUUUUCAAUGCCGAGGCGCAAGUGCUACUGGAAAAACUCGAGCUUGAGGGUGUGCAGCAUGGCAAGCGGCUGGAGAUCUAUCAAAUCCUCAAGAAAACCGUCUUGGAAGCAGCUUGCCAGACCACGAUGGGCAAGAAAAUGAACUUCCAGCAUGACGGAUCUAUUGCCAUUUUUGAGGCUUAUAAUGGCUUGACAGAAGUGUGUGUGAAGCGUAUGUUAUCUCCUUGGCUUUAUCCGGAGGUCAUAUACCGUCGUUCAGGACUCUUUCGCCUGCAGCAAAAGGUCGUUGGCAUACUCUUUGGGUUUAUAGAGCAGCUUCUCGAACCCAUUGUCUCGGUGGUGGCUGCCAAUGCCAAACCGGAGCAGCAGCGACCGGAACUGGAGAUGAGGGGCAAGUCCAAGGCCAUUUUCAUCGAGCAGGUGAGGGAGCAUGUGGAGCGCGGCCAGCUGAGUUGGCAGGAUGUGAGGGAUGAGGCCAAUGUGACCAUUGCAGCGACUUUCGAGACCACAUCGACGGCCCUUUACUUCACCAUUCUCUGCCUGGCCAUGCAUCCUUGUUACCAGGAGAAACUCCACGAGGAACUGGUCAGAGAACUGCCACAUCCCACUGGGGAUGUAACUUUGGAGCAGCUGCAGCGAUUGGAGUACACUGAAAUGGUGAUCAACGAGGCCAUGCGGCUAUUUGCUCCAGUGCCCAUGGUCCUGCGAUCGGCGGAGCAGGAUAUUCAACUGCAGCGGGAUGACGGAGAGUUCCUGAUCCCUUGUGGCACCCAGAUCGGCAUCGAUAUCUACAACAUGCAGCGGGACGAACGGGUGUGGGGUCCACUUUCGCGUACCUACAAUCCAGAGGCACAUUUCGGAUUGGAUUUCCCGCAGAGGCACGCCUUCGCAUUUGUCCCAUUCACCAAGGGAUUGCGCAUGUGCAUCGGCUACCGAUAUGCCCAGAUGCUGAUGAAACUGCUGCUGGCCAGGAUCUUUCGCAGCUAUCGCAUCAGCACCGAGGCUCGCCUGGAGGAGCUGAUGGUCAAGGGUAAUAUCUCCCUGAAGCUAAGGGAUUAUCCGCUCUGUCGGGUGGAGCGGAGAUAACAGGAAGGGGUUGCUGUAAUUUUUCAAUUAAAAAUGCCAUUUUUGUUGCAUUUUCCCUGCGUUGGAAAUUGAGUUUGUUUCAUCUUUUGCUGUUGGCCUCGUUAACGAUGUCCAUCCCCUCCUCCUGCUCCUUCCCUGGCCCUGCGCAAAUUGCCAGCUUGCAAAUGGCUAUAAUGGAUUUCAGUUUGCACUUGUUCGUGCUCACCCACAACUUUACAGCACACGUUGCGUAUACAGAACAUAAUUGAUUGAAUUUCUUGAAAGGCUGGUCGACUGGAGUGUGCUAUCUAUUGCUACUGAGGGCCGGUCAAAGUUCCUGCCCUCAAAGAAUUGGCCAGGGUGAUUACGAAAGGGAGUGAAACU